CGAACAGCGCUUUACGACCCUCUUUCAAGUGUUUGCGACAGCUCUUCGUGCACUCACGGUAGCAUGUCGGAAUACGGCAGUGAGAAGAUGGCGGAAGAGGAGCGGAAUUCCAGUGCAGAGAAACUCAAGGAGAAGGCGAAUAACUAUUUUAAAGAUAAGGACUAUGAGAACGCCAUCAAGUAUUACACAGAAGCACUGGAGCUAAACCCGACCAAUGCUGUCUACUACAGUAACAGGAGUCUGGCAUACCUGCGCACAGAGUGCUAUGGCUAUGCGCUGGCGGAUGCCACCCGAGCCCUGGAACUGGACAAGAACUACAUCAAGGGCUAUUAUCGGCGAGCCACCUCCAACAUGGCCCUGGGCAAGUUUAAAGCAGCACUCAAAGAUUAUGAAACGGUAGUUAGAGUUCGUCCCAAUGACAAAGAUGCCAAGAUGAAGUACCAGGAAUGCAAUAAGAUUGUCAAACAGAAGGCCUUUGAACGGGCCAUCGCCAGCGACGAGCUCAAACGUUCAGUAGUCGACUCCUUAGACAUCGAGAACAUGACAAUCGAGGAUGACUAUACUGGACCUAAACUUGAAGAUGGGAAGGUUACACUGAAGUUCAUGAAAGAGUUGAUGGACUGGUUCAAAGACCAGAAGAAACUGCACAGAAAGUUUGCUUACCAGAUCCUGAUUCAAGUUAAAGAGGUUUUAUCCAAACUUCCAAGUCUUGUUGAAAUUUCAUUAAAAGAGACAGAGAAAAUAACUAUUUGUGGGGACACACAUGGCCAGUACUAUGAUCUUCUAAAUAUCUUUGAGUUGAACAGCUUACCAUCUCCAACUAAUCCUUAUCUGUUCAAUGGUGACUUUGUGGACCGCGGCUCUUUCUCUGUAGAAGUCAUUCUCACACUUUUUGGCUUCAAGCUGCUCUAUCCAGAACAUUUCCACCUGCUUAGGGGUAACCAUGAGACAGAUAACAUGAAUCAGAUGUAUGGGUUUGAGGGUGAGGUGAAAGCAAAGUACACUGCCCAGAUGUUCCAGCUUUUCAGUGAAGUUUUCCAGUGGCUUCCUCUCGCCCAGUGCAUCAAUAACAAAGUACUGGUGAUGCAUGGAGGACUGUUUAGUGAGGAUGGUGUGACCUUAGAUGACAUUAGAAAGAUCGACAGGAACAGGCAGCCUCCAGACUCUGGUCCAAUGUGUGAUCUCCUGUGGUCAGAUCCUCAGCCACAGAACGGACGGUCCAUCAGUAAGCGGGGUGUGAGCUGUCAGUUUGGGCCUGAUGUUACUGAGCACUUCCUGGAGCAGAACAAACUGCAGUACAUAGUGCGCAGUCAUGAGGUGAAAGCCGAGGGUUAUGAGGUCACUCACUCAGGGAAGUGCAUAACCGUGUUCUCAGCGCCAAACUACUGUGACCAGAUGGGAAAUAAAGGAGCUUACAUUCAUCUCAGGGGAUCAGAUCUCAAGCCAGAAUUCCACCAGUUUAUUGCUGUGCCUCAUCCAAAUGUCAAGCCGAUGGCAUAUGCCAACUCUCUGAUGCAGCUUGGUAUGAUGUAGAGGUUUUCCAUUGAUCACACAGCAGCUGCUGUGGUCUGAAGUCCACACCAUCCCUCUAAAUCCACUCUCACAUUCUUCUCAUCUCUCUUUCAAACCGUUUCUUCCUUGUGGACAUGCACACAUUUUUACAGUACUCUUCAUACCUGUAGUUAUAUAGGGAAGAAAUCACUUAGUCGUACAUUGGCGAUGCCUUGACUUUCAAACAGAAAUAGGAAUGUUUUUAUGGAUGUAUUAAUGGAUGUCAUUCUUCGGUUGAUGCUCCCCAAAAGACACACCCCCCAGGCCCCCACACCCUUGUCAUUAAUGUAUUAGUUCAUGUAGAGCCGCAUAGUUUGAAUUGGAUGUUGCUCUAUGAUAAUGGAGCUGAAUUGUACCAAAGAAUGGGCAAAUGUAUACAAUGCAUCCCAAAGGAAGAGUGCUGAUGUAGAAUUUCAGCUCCUGUGACCAUAUUAUGAGAACCAGAUGCAUAAAACCUGAUCAGCACUUUUACCCAAAGGUGUGUUUCUACAUAGCGCCUUUAUUUUGAAAUUUUGCCCCCAUGAAUACUUCAUAACCCCACAUCCUAUUUCAUGUUAGUGAAGUUCUGUUGGGAGGGAGAACAGUGUGUCAUUUCAUUUCUGUAGCAGUAAUGUGUUGUAUGUGUCAUCUAUCAAAAAACAUUAAAAAGCAUAAUAAAAAUUAAAAAAAAACUUUUUAUAACAAGCUCCA